AUGUCUCUCAGCAGAAGGAACUGGUCCGAUCUCUCCAGCCUGGCCAGGCAGAGGACCCUUGAGGAUGAAGAAGAGCAGCAAAGAGAGCGCCGGCGAAGGCACCGCAACCUGCUGUCCUCCUCCUCAUCAGUGGAUGAAGAACCUCUGAGCCCUGGGAAAGACUCCAGCCCGGCUCCCAGCAGUCCCCCUGCCUUGGCCAAGGCGGUGUCCCCGGAGGACGGCAGGGAGAGGAAGCUCUCGGUGGCGCUGAACACACAAGAAGGGAGAAGGACAAGGGCCCCGAUGGCCAUCUCUGAAAAGCUGAGGCAGGAGAAGGAGCAGCAGGAGCCAGGGGUGGGAGUGAGCCCUGCGGAGCCAGGGCCAGAGCCGCGUGUGGGGCAGGAGAACAUCCAGGCUGGAGAGCAGGGGCGAGAUGUGGCCAAGGGCUGGCAGGAGCCCCCAGGAGACCAGCAGCCAGAGCCAGCCUCGGAGAGGAAGGUGGUGCUGAGGGCAUGGCUCCAGGACAGGGAGGGACAAGGCGUGGGAACACCUCAGGGGCAGCAGAGGAAGGAGGUGGGGGACCCCCAGCAGCCGCCGGAGGUGGGGGGCUGCCGGCUGCGCGAGGUGAAGAUCCUGACCAGGCAGGGAAGCAGCAGCAGGGAGGAGAAGACAGCCUCAGUGGUGACCUCCUCGCUGGACCAGCAGCAACCAUCCAGGACUCCCUCCAAGGUGGUAAUACAACUGUCUCCCACCCAAGAAGAACCUACAGAGAAGUCAGAUGCUUCUCCAACUCACAUCAGCUCCAUCAGAAGGACCAGCCCCAGAACUGUCUCCUUUCGGGUGAUCUCAAGGAAGCAGAAAGAAGAGAGCCAAAGCCCUCUCACAAGGAGUGCAAGUCUGAGGAUCCCAGGAAGCAGCACCACCAUUGGGGAGAAGCUGGAGAAGUACACCUCAGCCGUGCAGCGCUCAGAGGUGGUGAAGUCAUCCCUGAGUGUGCAGAAGGGCCUGGUGCUGUCCUCGGAGGGGGUGGCCAGCAAGCGGAACUUCUUCGAGGCCAGCAAGGCUGAGCCCCUGGCUGCCAGGAAGGACAGCUUGAAGGUCCCUGGCUCGGUGACGUCCCGAAUCAACCUGUGGAUCAGCCGGACCCAGGAGCCUGCCAAGGAGGAAAAAAGCAAGGACAUCAGGAGAAUAAACAGCCUGGCAGCCCGGGAUGUCUGGAUAAAGAGGUCUGGGGACACUCCUGGAGACACCAAGCAUCUCGGGGCCUGUGCCUCGGCUGAGCCUGGCUGGGGGCUGUGCUCGGAGGCUCUGGUCCCCGUCUCGGGCAGCGCUGCCUUAUCAGUGUCCCUGGCCCUCGAAAGUGACAGCUGGCUGGCUUGUGUCAGCCCCUUGGGCACUCGCGUAUCUCAGUCCGGAGGGUUUAAAAUAGCAAAUCUCUGA